AUGUCUUCCCCACAACUUCAUGCCUUCUUAUGGUCAGGUACACUCACCACUGCCAUAUCCGAUCCUGCUUCCCUAGUAAAAGCUCUCUUUUUUGCAUUCCUGGUGACCCUGGUCACUCUCCUCAUCCUGGUCUGGAAUGUAACCAGAGGCAAAGGCAACAAGAACAUGGAACCGGGCCCAAGAAAGAAGGCAACACUACUGACAUGAAGAUCUUCAUCUCUUGGAGAUUCCGUUGAGGUGAACAGCUGGAGGCCCAAGAGGUAGAAACAUCUUGGCACUAUUUUAGAACUAGAACCUCAGAAGGAAGAGACGCUUUAGAUACCCAGUUCUCCCACUGCCAGACACUGCCCCCAGACCC